AUGGGGGGCAAAUCUGCGAACAAGGCUGGCUACUUCGACAAGCUCAAGGGCUUGCUCGAGGAGUACAAGUCCAUCUUCAUCGUCUCCGUCGACAAUGUCAGCUCUCAGCAGAUGCACGAGAUCAGACAGUCCCUCCGCGGUGAGGGUGUCGUCUUGAUGGGCAAGAACACCAUGGUUCGUCGUGCCCUCAAGACCUUCAUCCCCGAUGCCCCCGAGUACGAGCGUCUGCUCCCCUUCGUCAAGGGCAACGUCGGUUUCGUCUUCACCAACAGUGAACUCAAGACCAUCCGUGACAAGAUUCUUGCCAACAAGGUCGCUGCCCCUGCCCGUGCCGGUGCCGUCGCUCCCUCCGACGUCUGGAUUCCCGCUGGCAACACCGGCAUGGAGCCUGGUAAGACUUCUUUCUUCCAGGCUCUCGGUGUCCCCACCAAGAUUGCCCGUGGUACCAUUGAAAUCGUUUCGGACCUGAAGCUCGUUGAGGCCAACUCCAAGGUCGGCCCCUCCGAGGCUACCCUCCUUAACAUGCUCAACAUCUCUCCCUUCACCUACGGUAUGGGCAUUGCUCAGGUCUACGACCAGGGCAACACCUUCCCUGCCGAUGUCCUUGACAUCUCUGAGGAGCAGCUCCUGAAGGCCUUCACCGGCGCUUUCACCACCAUUGCCGCUGUCUCCCUGGCCAUCAACUUCCCCACUCUUCCGUCCGUCAUCCACUCUUUCUUCAACAGCUACAAGAACGUUCUCGCUGUCGCCAUCGAGACCGAGAUCAGCUGGCCCGAGAUCGAGGAGCUCAAGGACCGCAUCGCCAACCCCGAUGCUUACGCCUCUGCCGCUCCCGUCGCUGCCGCUUCCGGCGGUGCCGAGGAGAAGGAGGCCGAGAAGGAGGCUGAGAAGUCCGACGAGGAGUCUGAUGAGGAUGGUGGCUUUGGCGGUCUCUUUGACUAA